AUGUACAAAUUAAACAAAAGCUAUUUGUGCAACAACGAGCUGCUUUCUGAAGCAAUGAAGGAAGAAUCUUCUGAAGACUCCUCAAUGAAGGACAGAGACAUGAUCUACCUACCAAAUGACAGGUCUCCAUUGGUUGAAGAAAAAGAGAAAAGGACAUUGCCAUUUUCUCGAUAUAAAUAUCUCACCCGAACACAAUUAAAAAGGAAAAUGUAUCAGAAUAUGGCAAGGAGCAAUCGUCGAACCAAAUUCACCUUGUCUCUUGAUGUACCGACGAACAUUCUCAAUAUUCUUUUAAACAUUGCGAAAGCUAAAAACAUGAGGGCAAAGGCAGCAGCUAAUGCUCGUUUGAUGGCAAAAAUUGGUCGGAGAAAGUAG